CCAACUCCCCUAGCUCGCCAAUGCCCACCACGGUCGCCACUCCGGCCCCGCUCCUCGACAUGCCGGCGCCGCCGUCGUCGGACGCCACCGCCAAUGGCGCGGCGAGGCGGCGGCGGCUGCUGCUGCUGUGCGCCAACUACGCUGCGCUGCUCGGCGGAUCGGUGGCGUCGAGCCUGCUGUCGCGGUACUACUUCGCGCACGGCGGGCACAGCCGGUGGGUGGCCACGCUGGUGCAGUCGGUCGGGUUCCCGGUCCUGCUGGUGCCCGUCUACGCCGGCAGGCCAGCGGCGCAGCCCCGGCCGUUCGCGUGGUUCACGCGGCGGCUGCUGGCCGCAUGCGUCGUCAUCGGCGUGCUCAUGGGGGUCAAUAACCUGCUCUUCUCCUACAGCUCCUCGUACCUGCCCGUGUCCACCUCGUCGCUGCUGCUGUCCACGCAGCUGGCCUUCACGCUCGUGCUCGCCGCCGUCAUCGUGCGCCACCCGCUCACCUUCUCCAACCUCAAUGCCGUCGUGCUCCUCACGCUCAGCUCCGUGCUGCUCGCGCUCCGGUCGUCCGACUCGGGCGAGCGCCCCGACGGCGGGAGCAGGGCGAGGUACUUCGUCGGCUUCGCGGUCACGCUCGGCGCCGCGGGGCUCUUCGCCGCCUACCUGCCGGUGAUGGAGCUGGUGUACCGCAGGGCCGUGUCCGGCGGGUUCCGCAUGGCGGUGGAGGUUCAGGUGAUCAUGCAGGCCGCGGCGACCGGUCUGGCGGUGGCCGGGCUGGCCGCGGCCGGCGGGUGGCGGGAGGAGAUGGCGCGCUGGGACCUGUCGCCGGCCGCGUACUGGGCGGUGGUGGCCGCGCUGGUGGUGACGUGGCAGGCCUGCUUCAUGGGCACCGCGGGGAUGGUGUACCUCACGUCGUCGCUGCACAGCGGCGUGUGCAUGACCGCCGUGCUGACCGCCAACGUGAUCGGCGGCGUGGUCGUGUUCCGCGAUCCGUUCGGGUCGGAGAAGGCCGUGGCCACGGUGCUCUGCGUCUGGGGCUUCUCCUCCUACCUGUACGGGGAGUACAGCACGCAGCAGAAGGCGCAGGAAGGCGACGCCAAGGUGGCGGCCGCGUCCACCGGAGGCGGCGCGGACAAGAGCGAUGCAAGUGGUGGCGUGGGAGGAGGAGGCGGCGGCGCAGUUGAAACAGUUUGAGCUCACUGGCCUUUUUCAUUUCUAGAGCACAUAGUAUAUAUGAAACAUGGAAAUGUGAAGAGGGGAGGAGAAUAUUGUGGGGAGGAGGAUCAUGUUCAUGAAGGGUACAUCCAUUAAUUGCAUAAUGCAUGCAACAUAAACUAGGCAUGCAGGGCACAAGAGUCAAAUGCUGUGUACAUACUACAGUGUUGAACAGUCCAUGAGAGAGAGAAAGGUUGGUGGUGGUGUUUUGGUGCUUACUUGUUUGUAAGGUUUAAGGUUUAGUGUGGCUAAGGAUAGAUGGAUGGAUGAAUGGAGCAGUAGCCAGUAGUAGGUUAUAUAAAAAUGUUACAAGUACUGCUCUUGUGAUGUAGCAUAACCAGAGUACUUGAUCAACUUAAUGAACUGAACAGUUACUUUCUUCGAA